AUGGCUACACAAAAAUUGGUACCGUCAAUGGUGGUAGAUUUGCUUUUACAAAAUGGGAUACCUGAAUUGAAAUUAUUUAGCCCUAGUCAAUACGUUCUUCCGGCCUUCGCUAACAGCAGUAUUGGUGUCUCAGUUGCGUUUCAAGAAAACCAACUACGAUGGAUGAAUAACUCCAAGGAUAUUCACGAUUGGAUCGAAAAAUACGUCAAAAGACAUGUUGAUCAUGGAGUUGAUAUCAGGUAUCUUUACGUAGGAAAUGAACCAUUCAGCAGAAAAUACAAGCAACGAACCUUUGGUGAUGUCCUAUACUUUAUGGGAGAAGCUCGAAAAUCCCUCGAUCGUCACAAUCUCACCCAUAUCAAAACUACAACAGCACACUUCACUGACAUAUUGACAAAUGUGACAAAACCAUCAAAAGGUGAUUUUAGAGAAGAUAUAAAGGAAUUAAUGAUUAAUCUCUUAAAAUUCCUCAAAGAAACAAAGGCCCCUUUGGUCAUCAACAUCUUCCCAAUUUACUUAGUCGGCUCUAAGCAAAUGCCGCUUGAUUUUGCAUUUUUUGACGAACGCUCUAAUUACACUAUCAAAGACGGCCCACAUAUUUACAAAAAUAUUUUCACUCUUACAUAUGAUACCUUGGUUUCAGCACUAACAAAAGCAGGGUAUCCGGAUAUGCAAAUUAUCAUAGGACAAAUUGGCUGGCCAACGGACGGUUACCCAAAUGCAAAUCCAAAAAAUGCAGAAAGAUUUCAUCGUGGCCUACUUCGAUAUCUUAAAAGAAACGAAGGUACCCCUUUACAUCCAAACAAGACAAUGGACGUAUACAUCACAGGGUUAUCCGAUGAGAACAAGAUUAUAACAGAAUGGGGCGAAUAUCAACGCCAUUGGGGUAUUUAUAGACACGACGGAUCACCUAAAUACAAGAUCGAUUUCUCCAUGCAAGAUCACAACAGUGAACCAACUACGGCUAAAGGGACAGUGAAAAUGCCAAAUAGAUGGUGUAUGUAUAACGAGAAUAUCUUUAAUGGUAGCAAGGAGAAAGUGAUGGAACACGUUAAUUACGCGUGCAGCAAAUCUGAUUGCACCUUAUUGUCACCUGGAGCUACAUGCGAUAACCUUAACUUCACUUGGAACGCAUCGUUCGCGUUCAAUAUGUAUUUCCAGAUGAAUGGUCAAAAGAUCAACUAUUGUGAUUUCAAUGGCUAUGGUUAUAUUACCACAAAUGAUCCUUCUACAGCAACUUGUAGAUUCCCCAUUGAGAUAUUAUCCGUCGAGCUUAUUGAUAAUGGUGUGAUACACCAAUUGGUGGCUAGUUCUGGAGAGAUAUCCAAAGUAGUUUCAAACCCUACCAUUUUACCAAUUGGGUUGGCUUUGUCUGCAUUAGUAUGUAUGAUUUUAUUGCUUUGCGUACUUAUGUGGUUGCCCGGAUAG